CAUGUUAAGAAGUAAGUAUAAGAUUGAUGUUCCAGAAAACCCUAUUGCCUAACUUGAAGUUGAUAUUGUCCUAGUCAAAUGAAAUACUUCUUGACAGUAAUAAUAACUCAUGAAAUAAAUUUCUCAAAGUCUUUUGACUUUUCAUUACGUUUAGCUUGUGUCUUCCUUCUUAUUAUUAUAAGCGACGUCGAAACUGUAUCCCAAAAUUGAGCUGAUUUUGUAGUGGAAAUUUGACGAAGUGCUUCUCUAAAGAGUAAAUGGAGAGCAAGGCUGGCAAUGUUUGUGGCAUAAUCCCAAAGACAAUUUGCAGGAGGAAGAAGAAGCCGAUCAAGCGCCCGAAGCCGCAGACGCUGCAUAGCAUAACUGACGAGGACGAAGGGACUCAUGAAGGAAUAAAGACGGUGGACGCCGUGAACGGCCGGCAUCAUUGCUGUGAGUUUUCCGGCGAUUCCGACAUUUGCCUUUGCAUUGUCACGUGGAAUAUGAACGGCCAGGUAAACUAUGAAGAUGUAGAAAAACUGGUCGGAAGGAAACGGAAGUUUGAUCUAUUGGUGGUUGGGUUGCAAGAGGUUCCUCGAGAAAAUAUUGUACAAAUGUUGAAGAAGGUUUUGGCCGACACUCACGUGCUACUGGGGAAAGCUAUUAUGCAAUCUUUGCAGCUAUUCGUAUUUGGACCACAAAAUUCAGAGCAAUUUGUAAGAGAUGUGAAAGUAGAUAAACAUGCUGUUGGUGGAUUUGGAGGUUUAAUUAGAAGAAAGAAAGGUGCUGUGGCUAUUAGGAUUACGUAUAAGGACAUCCAACUGGAAUUCGUUUCUUGCCAUCUUGCUGCUCAUGCUCGAAACGUGGAAGAGAGAAAUGACCAGAGCAGGGUGAUAUCACACUCCCUUUUCUCCAAGAAAUGGAACCCUUAUGCCAAACCUGCUCAAGUCACUGUCUGGUUGGGAGAUCUCAACUAUAGAUUACAAGGGAUCACCACAUUUCCAGCUCGAGAUCUCAUUCGGGAUAAUCUUCAUGAACAACUGACGAGCAAGGAUCAGCUACUACAGCAAGCGGAAAGAGGGCAGAUUUUCAAUGGUUAUUAUGAAGGCACAUUAGCAUUCAAACCAACUUAUAAGUAUAACAUCGGAAGCAGCAAUUAUGACACCAGUCACAAGGUGAGGGUGCCAUCAUGGACAGAUCGAAUAUUGUUCAAGGUAGAUGACCAUGACCACAUAAAUGCGACCUUACAUUGUUAUGAUUCCAUUGAUAGUAUCCGCAGCUCUGAUCACAGGCCAGUGAGAGCCCAUCUCUGCUUGAAUUUUGUCAAAUAAAAAAACCACUCCUCUCAUUCAUUCAAUUGAUAAAUGACCUGUGACACCACAUACUAUAUAUAUAAAUCUUUCAACUUUGUCUUUACCUAUUAAAUUAUGGGAAAUUAAAAGCAAGGACAGUGCUGCCCUGCUACAUUUAAGUUUACUAUCAUUUUACACAUUUAAGUAACUGGAACUUGCGAGCUAGCUACUUUCUUACGUUUCAACUUUCAACCCUUUUCGCUGUAAAAAUCACGGCGUUGUUUUAUAAACAG